AUGAGCGAAGGAUCAACGGAGACGCCUCAAGUCAAACCGGCCGACACUUAUCAGAUUGAUAGCGACGAGUAUGAUUCCGACCAAGCCCGCGAUGAGCUCUCCGAGGUCGAGUACGAUAAGCUGGUAGAAGAAGCGGAGAACGGGUACAACUCGGAAGAAAUGGAUGACUUCACGCACCAAUUGAAGGAGACGGGUAUUGUCAAUUUUUUGAGGAGCUAUCUAGUUCCAGACGCUUCGGGAGAAAUGCGGUCGCUUAGAAAGUUACUGCUCGGAUUUGGGAUCAUCCCUCCGCUCCCACUCUGCACUCCUUCCACCUCUAAUCUCGCCUUGCUCCCGUUUGCCAAAGUUACCCUCUCUCGCAUCCUACGCCGCCGGUCACGCCUCCCCGACCUGUUCUCGCUAUCUGACGCGCUCGACUUGCUAAAGAACGCAAAGAAGAUCAUCGUCCUCUCUGGCGCGGGUAUCUCCACAAGCUGUGGCAUACCAGAUUUCAGAAGCAGUACCGGUCUUUAUGCGCAGUUGCAGAACGAGGGCAAGUAUGAGCUGGAUGAUCCCCAGCAAAUGUUUGAUAUCCGGUACUUUAGAGAAAAGCCGGAAGUGUUCUACUCAUUUGCCAAGCAAAUUUACCCAAGCAACUUUGUGCCGAGUCCUUGUCAUAGAUGGAUAAAGAUGCUGGAAGACCGUGGUGUGCUUCUGAGGAACUACACCCAAAACAUAGACACGUUAGAGAGCCUUGCGGGUGUCAGCAAGGUUCUGCAAUGCCACGGCUCAUUCAAGACUGCCUCCUGUCUACGCUGCAAAACCCGGCAUCCCGGACGCUUCAUUGAGCCUCACAUCAUGGCCCAGACAAUACCAUAUUGCGAGCCAUGUAAGGCGCAGUGUGCCCAAGAACAUGCGGUCAGGAAGACGUAUAAGGAGCAGCUGAAGAAGCUGAAGGCGAAAGCGAAUGGAAAGGGGAAGGGGAAGGCGAGUGCGUGGGAGCAGGAAGAGAGUGGGGAUGAGAGUGGGGAUGAGUGGGGCGGCGGGGAGCCAGGUAUCAUCAAACCGGAUAUCACAUUCUUCGGCCAAGCUUUGGAUUCAGAGUUUGACGAGUGUUUGUUUAAAGAUAGAGAGGAGGUGGAUUUGUUGGUGGUGAUUGGGACGAGCUUGAAGGUGGCGCCUGUGAGCGAGGUCUUGACGCAUAUACCGCACUCGGUGCCUCAGAUAUUCAUCAACCUUACGCCGGCAUACCACGUCCAGCCAGACAUCUCCUUACUGGGAGAUGCAGACAGCAUCGUCACAUACAUCUCGGACCGACUCGGCUGGUCCAUCCCAUCCCCCUCCGCAUUGCCUGCUCCCAAAUCUGAAGCAGAGGAUGCCAAACGUCGAGUCGAACGCGAAUCACCGACACCGGGCCAGAAGGACGAGGAAAAGAUGAAAAAAGCCAGCCAUGUUUCGAUACCGCCGGAAGAGGCAGAGUGGCUAGAAGUUGAUGACGAACGUCAUUUCCAUCUGUUACGACGCAAGGGCGAUCCACUCCUGACAAGACCGCUAGUAGACGUGUCCGACGAAGAUCCCUCUACCUCCCCUUCCGUCCAGGCCGAAACCAACGGCCCAUCCAGCGUUCCGCCCAGUGUACCCACCAGUGUACCCACCAGUGUACCUUUCAGCCAGGCAGCGGCAGAAGACGCAAUCAUGUCUUCUUUGGGGCACGUUCCUACCGCAUUGGGGAACGACAUUGAGGAAGGAUAUGCGUCGGAUGAAGAAAGUGAGGGGGAGGAGCGGCCUGUGAAGAAGAUGAAGAGGCAGGAGAGUGAUUGA